AGUUGUUCAUCUAUAAAUCCGCAUCAUCAUGUAUUCAAAAGUCGUUACAGGCCUUUUGUGUCAGGCACUGUUUGUAGCAGGAGCCUCCGUGAAUGUUGAACGUCGAGGAGAAACUAAUCAAACCGUUGCGGCGAACAACGAUGCUGAAAAUGAUGGAGUGAUUACUAUCAAGAUGCAACUAGGGCCUCAGGCUCGUGGCACUAGUUGGUGGUCUUGGGCAUUUGACAAUGAGGAUUGGAGUAAAACUCCUUAUGUGACUGAAUCCAUAUCGACAAUAUACGAAAGUAAAGUUGUCACUGCGGCCAGUAUUGCAGGAGCGGCUCAUCCAAUUACAUUUUCUAACGAGGCAUUGAGUGUAAAUGUGAUUAACAACGAAUGCUGGGUUUCAAUCGCCGGAUCAGGUGAUGUCCAGGACUGGAUUGAUAACUUGAACCUCGGAACCGACGCUAUCUACUACAAUGGACAAUACGUUGGUCGUGGAUUUGAUGGUUUUGUGAAUGGUUACAACGAAUACUUCUCAUUGGGAAUGAAUGGAGUGGUUGAUCAAUCUUGUUCUGGAGUGUCAAAAAUCAACUUCGUUGGGUAUAGUCGUGGAGCAGGUAUCGCCAACAUCCUCGCGGCCGCUUAUUACCAAUUUAGUACUUAUAAUGUCGAGUUAUAUACGUUUGCAUCACCGCGCGCUUUUGAUGUGGCCACGUCUGACAGUUUCCAUAUGCGGUUCCCUCAAAUACGGGUUAUGAACGAUGAAGAUGUAGUGACUAGUGUACCUUUCAGUGCGUGGGGAUUCAAACAUAUGGGUGACGUAGUUUGCCUUAACUGCCGUGAAACCGGUCGAAACUCAGAGGAGAGUGGCUCGAUAAUUGCACAUCUGUUUUACAACUACGCUGCAGCAGUGAACUCACUUUUAGGAUAAAAGGUCGGUCUGGUCGAGUGGUGAACGUUCAGUAAUGUAUACGUAGCGUGACGAUCUUAAAACGAGCUAUAUAAGAUUCUUAGCGAGAAAACUAAAUCUUGGGCCACCAUUUUACGGGUCUGGAGGUACAUAUUAAAAAUAGUAUAGUCUAAAUAAAAGUCGAUUGUAAAACUUCA